ACCCCCAGGGACUUCAUGCUGAAGAAGGAGCAGAAGGACGUGGAGCUGGAUAAAAAGAUUGAGGCGCUCCGCAGGAAGAACGAAGCCCUCAUGAAGAGGUACCAGGUGAGUUGGUAUUCUACUGUUUUUACUCUGAAACAGGACACCAUUUUUAAAACUAGGAGGGAUUGAGCUUGACAAAGACCUGUCGUCUUCCUGGAAUGGUUUACUCAUCAUCAUAUCCCUAACAAAAUGGCAAGUGGCAUUGGAAACCUUAGAAAAUGUAAGUCUCUAACAACUAGCCUUGUAAAAUACUGCAUUUGAACAAAUAUUUUAAAUAUUUUAGAUCUUUUACAGGGUUCGCUGAGGAUUAAUAUCAGGUUCCUUUGGUUGUCCUGGGUUUCAUGUUCUGUUUCAUUCCAUGCAGGAGGUAGAGGAGGACAAAAAGAGAGCGGAGGAGGAAGGAAUGGCACUGCAGAGCCCUAAGGGCAACGCAGGGGACUUAACCAUCACCAUCAACAAGUCUACCACUGUGAGUGGCCCCGUCUGCCUACAGAGAUGUACACAGAGAUGCUUUUACAUGUCAGAACAGUUCUGAAAUAUGAAUAUUCUUACCAAUAAAAUGUCCUGUCUAUCUUGAUGAAAGACAUACCUUAUCCAUAAAUAUACACUGAGUGUACAAAACACACUGAUCUUCCCAUGACAUAGACUGACCAGGUGAAUCCAGGUGAAAGGUAUGAUCCCUUAUUGAUGUCACUUGUUAAGUCCACUUCAAUCAGUGUAGAUGAUGGGGAGGAAAUAGGUUAAAGAAGGAUUUUUAAGUCUUGAGACAUGGAUUGUGUAUGUGUGUCAUUCAGAGGGUGAAUGGGCAAGACAAAAUAUUUAAGUGCCUUUGAAUGGGGUAUGGUAGUAGGUGCCAGGCGCACUGGUUUGAGUGUGUCAAGAACUGCAACGCUUCUCGGUUUUUCACGCUCAACAGUUUCCUGUGUGUAUCAAGAAUGGUCCACCACCCAAAGAACAUCCAGCCAACUUGACACAACUGUGGGAAGCAUUGGAGUCAACAUGGGCCAGAAUCCCUGUGGAACACUUUCGACACCUUGUAUAGUCCAUGCCCUAUGAAUUGAGGCUGUUCUGAAGGCAAAAGGGGGUGCAACUCAAUAUUAGGAAGGUGUUCCUAAUGUUUUGUAUACUCAGUGUAUGUUAUCAGCAAUAGAGAUGUAUUAUUGAGAUUCAGUGAUUUACACUGUCAUGUUCACUUUGCUAUUGAGCAGGAGCCUCGUGUUGUGAUGACCAAACCAGGCACGGAUGGUUCUCCCACCCCAAAGGGGGUCCAGGACCCUGGGGAGAGGCAGGCGGAGGGGAACCUGCUGGGCUCAGGGCGGGGCAGGAGGAAGCAGCUACUGGUCACCAUGGCUGGCAACACAAAGGUAAACAACAAGACCGGUGUCUAUGAGAGACUUUAGCGGAAUUAUUAAGUUGUGCGGCCAACAGUGGUCAAAUGUUGCCAUUGAACGAUAUGAAUGAUGUUUAGGACCAGGAGUUCUUCCUGAGCAAGUCACUUGGUCAGGAGAAACUCCGAACCCCAUGUAAAUGAUCUAUAUUGAUGUGAAGGAUGAUCCCUGUUUGUUUGAUCCCAGGGUAAGAGGGUGGUGAGUGAGAGGCUGGAGAGAAGGCCAGGUCCAGGUCCCCACAAUCCGCUGAAUGUGAAGAGCCCUACAGAGGAUGGCUUGCACCAGCACCAUGUGGAAUCAGCAGGCAGAGGAAAACACCAGCACACUAACACAGCAAAGAAGGACACAGGACCACAGGUCAGCAGUGCAUACACACAUUGGGCCGAAUCCUAACUUGAGACAUUGUAGUAUAAGUGUAGUGCUGCUGCACACACUCUAAACAGAGAGUCCUGGAGGAAACCGAUAUGUCAUAAUAGCCUGCUUUUUAUCGAUUUUAGAAAAUAUAGCGGUGACUAUGCAUUUUUUACACUAUCAAGACUUUGGCUAGUUUAUAUUGCUUCCACAUCCUCCCCUGCUCUGUACCUUGUUGUUAAGCCACCCUCCCCUCCCUUGUGUCUGUUCUCUCAUACACUGCUGUCUUGUUUUACACAGUUGUCAGACAUGUCGGCAGGCUCCUCCCCUCCUGUGAAGAAGCUCAAAGGCUGUUGGACGGGGGGAGGGCCCCAUUGGCGAUGAUUGAGUAGGGGGCGGGACUGGGAACUGUUCUGUCACACUGGUCUGACCUGGAGCUAGUCAGGCCUGCUGGGGUGUAGCUAGUAGCUAACAUAGUUACAGCUGAGAGUUCUCAGUUCACAUACAGGUGUUAAAACAUGUAAAUAUCCCAUUCGCUGGUAUAUGGCGUCUUUUUUUCACAGAGGUCUGAUCUGGAGGGCCAUUAUACCGUAGCAGAACCCCUCAAGCAGUCCUGGUGGGGUGUAGCUGCUGUAUUCAGACAGAGCUGAGAGCGCUCAGCAGACAUACAGCUUGUUAGUCCCUCUGUCUCUACUGUGGCCUGGCUGUUAAAGCCCUGAUCCAGGGCUUUCAUAAUACUCACUCGCACUGGGCCGGCCAUUGGGAAUGACUGCAGUGAAUCAUUUGGAAAAUAGAUAAGAAAUGGUUAGUGUGUGUAUUUCCUCCAAGGUCUUUUAGCGUUUUUCUUUAUUUUAUUUUGGUUUUAGGAGCCAUUGUUUAAUUAUAGCUUGCUUAUUUUAAGAACAAUUAAGGAUAAUUAAGAUGCUCCUCAUUGAGUUACUGUAUUUCAAAUCCCUAACAUCCUGCCUUUUAGUGCUACCUUUAGCUCUCUAUUACUUCAUGAUUUAUGAUGCAGUGAUAUGGUAGUUUAUAAAUACUUAUAGCUGGAAGAGUUUUUAAUUAACUGCCUGAUGCAGGUUGUUUCAUAGAAGCAGACACACACACAUACACACACACACACAGUACUGACGGCUGCUGCCACACGGUUUCUGAUUUAGAGCCCUUGGGCACACAGAGUCUCUGGAACAGCUGCUAGUGCUCUGGCUGUCAUCUGGCACACAUAUGAACCCAAUCAACUCGCUGAUGCACAUCACAGACAGUUGAUCCUCUAGCACUAAAAUGUGAAAGUCAGUCAGGCUCUGUGAACAGAGAGAGGAUCAGUGCUGCAGGAGGGGAGGAUAGAUGCACAAAGUUGUAGUGUGGUGUGGACGUGUGUGGGACAGGACAGACAGAGGCUACAGAAUGAUCUAGAACCCUACACUGUGUUUACAGGCUCAUGCUGCUGCUACAGCCAGGUCCAGCAAUUUAACGUGACACAUUUACAGGGUGAAUGGGAUGUUUCCUGGCUGUUUCUGGCCUGCAUCUAUCUGGUCAGCAUCUAUCUGGUCAGACGCUCCUAGUCAUGUCAUGCUCAUUGAACUAUGACCAGUGUUUGAGCCACCUCAGCGGUAGAAAACUAGGCCUGUCUCCCAGGUCCACUUCUAUUUGGACCCUGCUUACAUAAUGUUGUUCACCUCUUGUUCUGCAGAGCAAUCUCCCCACUAUACUCUCCUCAGACAGCCAGCACUGUUACUGCAGCAGCAUAGCCCCUGCUGAUCCACAGCUGACUCUAUGGUCCACUGCCCUGCCCAGUCUUCCUCUGGUCUUCUGUGUGUGGCCAGACCAGAUCAGACUAGACGGUCUCUCCAGCGUGGAGGGUGGGGUAGCUACUGUACCCCAGAGAUGGAACAGGAGGAGGGAUGGGAGUGUCCCUGAGACAGGAUGAGAAAGGGGGAGGAUGGGAAGACAGGAAGCAUUCCUGGUGGAGGGUGAGGAGGAAUGAGACUGGGAGUGUCUUUGUGAAAGGAUGACGGCUGGAGUAUCAGCAGGACAAUAUGAGGGUGAUAGUACCACCCUGAGGCACUCCCUAUCACUACAGGCCUUGGGGAUAGAGGGGGUGGGAGAGAGAACCUGGCGUGCAGACAUGCUGUUUCCAGUCUCUUUCUGCCCUGAGCCACGGAGAGUCUGCUCUCCUCCGCCACAUUGUUUCCCCAUUCCCACCAUCAUGAAAGAAUGAUUUAAUCUAAUUAACAUUUGGCUGCUUUUUGUUCUGAAUGGGCUCAUUAUGCCGCUGACAGGACAGAGUGAGCAGCAUGCCAAGGAAGGGUGAAGGAGAGAGGAGAUGAAAGAGUGUGAGAGAGGGAUAACGAGUGUGAGAUGGGGAGGAAAGAGAGAAAGUUACAAGAGUUGUAAGAGAGAGCGAGGGAUCCUUUGUGUGUGUGUGCACAGGGGAACAAAAUCCCAGGCUCAGUGGUGUGACUCUGAAGGUGUUCUAAAUCACUCCUCAGACAGCCUCCCUGACUUUCCAGAAUUCCCAGUACUUUUCUCACACGGUGUCUCUCACUGUUCUGGAGAUGUCUGCUAGUAGCACCAGCAGUCAAGGGCAGGGUUCUCCAACUGGCAGUGUUUUUAAUUUAUUUUUAUUGUUGGACAUAAAAGACUGUAAAACAACAGCAAGUCAGCUCUAAGUGAUUGUAAUCUUGGAAAUCUGUUCCAAAGUAUUCCCACGCAUAAUAGAUCGAUAUAUGUGAUUGUAUACAAAUGUAAGCAAGAUUUGAAAUGAUUAUGUUUUAGUCAAAUAUUAUAUCUGUUUGGGCUUUUUGCAGUCAAUUUGCAGUCUACAAAUUAUUUGUAAUUAUGUUAUGGCUCCCUGACUAUCCACUCAAGGAAAAAUUGGCCCGAGGCUGAAUUUAGUUGAUGAUUCCUGGUCUAGGGCCUUAUUCAGUAGUGGAAGGUUGGCAAUAGAAACGUUGUAGUGAAUGGAUACUGGGAAGAAUAUUGUGCUGUGUUAAGAAUAUAAAUACCCAAAUAGCAUAUAUGAAAGGUCAUAGAAAAAAGAUAGGGUAAGAUAGGUUUGAGGUGUAUGUACUGCAGUUGCUGCUCAGGAGUGAACAGACUAUUCAUAGGGUGUUGGCUGGGAAAAAUACUUUGAUACCUUGUGUCCACUUGGGGGCAGUGUAGUUCUCUGAAAGUCUGCAUGAAUUGUUGUCCUGCUGAGGACAGGAAUACAUCAUUUGUUGUCAUUUGAUAACCUCUCUCUCUCUCUCUCUCAGGAUGAAGUGGGGCAGGGAAAGGGUGUGACAGAGGAGCGUCACUGGCUGUCAGAGUGUGAGCCUUACUACCAGGUAAGAGACCAGACCCCUUCCUAUUGGCCCUCCUCUGUGACCACACUCCUUGUCUUCUGAGAUGAUGAUAGACUGCCUCUUUCCCAAAACACAAGUUCCUUCUGGUAAGCUGUCCCCAUGUGCCUUCUGUGUGUUAGUGUUGCCAGUGAAAUAAAAUGUAGGAGCAGGAGAGGCAGUGUAACGGAUCAGUAGUGGAAUAAACACCCUGAAGCAGGCAGGCAGGCAGGGAGGGCACAGAGCCGUCAGGAGGAGGGAAGGAGCCACAUGACAAGUGAUGCUGUUCAUGUCCCACUCUGUUAUACUACCUUGGUGUGUUCUCAGCAUGGCUUUGGAGAAUGCAAUGAGUUAUGCAACCUCUUCCAUCUUGGCUGGUUUUUGGAAGCCAGUGUUACAUAAGAAAACAUGAUCAGAGACCCACCCCAGUAAAGCCUUGUUAAAAGCUUUGUUCUGUUAUAGCCUAGAUAUUAAGUUGUUCUUAUAGGGCCCUAACAAAAUGUGGGGCCUGAUUCAGUUUAGUUUUUCCCCAAAUUCAUUUUUUCUAUUUUUCCAGGUUUCUAUUUUUCCCAGUUAAAAAAAAUGGAUGUUGUAAGUCCACAACAAUUCUUAAACCACAUCAGGAUACCACUUUUGAGGUCUGGGAAAAAUAUAAUACAUUUCGAUUUUUGGGUGUAGGUACCCUUUAAUGCAGGUGUGCACCAGCAAAACUGUUGUUUGGUUAGUGAUGUUUCUGUAACCCUCAUAUGAUUUCAGAAUUUGCUAAACAAAUGGCCACUGGAUUGAUGCAAAUAAUCAUGAUAUCAUUCUGCCAGAUAGGCAUGGGCUACUUUGUAGUUAACAUUUAAUUGAGAAGGUUUUUGGGAAAGCCUUUCCAUCUCUACCAGAAGAAGCUUAUCAUUAGCAUCAUCGGUAACGGCGAAACAAAGUGUAGACAUACGCGCGCACCGCACACACCCAACACACACACAGAGAGUGGCAUUCCUGUGCCGUUUCAGAAAGUUGCAGGAAAAUACAAAUCGCUGAUGCAUUUUGUUCAUGUCUUAAUGCAUUUUCUAAUAUGUUCAGUACAUUUAGUUGAUUUCCUACUAAGUUCAAUAUAUAUUUUUUUACAUUGUUCAAUUCUGUUUUAAUGUCUGGAUUCCGUUAUUCUGUCCGCAUUCUCCGCAACGCAGAUUUUAUAGGGCCCUAUUCUAAUAUUUGCGAAGUAUCCAACACCGCUUCAGAGUAAGUAUGGUCAUACAGUUCAGGACAAGACAGCCCAGAGUUGUAUUCAAUGGACACCAAAUGGAGGAAAACAGAUACAAUGUAUUGUACUUGUCCAAUAAGAAAUGCUUGUUUUGCUUUUCUGUUGCAAAAUGUUUUGCUACAUUUUGCUACGAUGGCCUAAUGAAUAUGACCUAGGUCCUUUCUGUUUGCCAGUGUGCGGCUCCUCCAAUGACUGUAUAUGAAUGGACAAAGCCAUCGAUGACGUAACACCAUUCAAUCCUAAGAAUCAUUGCCGCAUUUGAAGCUCAGGAAGUUGGUUUUAGCUUGGUAAGAUGGCCCCUCAUGGGAGAGAUUUAUGUAGACUUAACCAGAGAUACUGUAUAUAAUGACGAGAUGGUAUUUUCUCCGCCCUAACAAUGUGAGUCGUUGUACCAAAGGCGGGAAGGCAGGUAGUCUGCUUAUCGGUCUGCUUAUUAAGCAGACUGAUAAGCAGAAUCGCUGUAUUCCUGCAUGGACAGAUUUUGACGGUAGUGGACCCUCUCACUUCACCUCUUCCUCUCUGACAUAACGUGCACAGUUUGAUCUACUCCAGAAAGUGAGGUUGCAGGCUAGCUAAGUGCUGCCCCCUCUCAUUGAGUAUCUCCAGUUGAAGGCCGACCGGGGUACUGCAGGCUGCCAUUAGCAACUGAAUUAUACAUAACUUCUUUGUGCGAUUUUUAAAUAAGCGGUUCAAGGACAUAAAUCUUGUGUAAUAGAAGCAAUUAUUGGUACCAUGAUUGUCUUUGAUUUGUUUAUUUUAUUUACACAAAGAUUGACAUUUUCCCAUUCACUAUAAUGGAGGCAUCCUGUUUUCUGAAAACAGUACAACGGUCGGCCUUGACCUUUGUGGCUUCAAUGACAGGGGCAGUCGUUCUCCCCUGGGCUCCUCCCUGGCCCCAGUAACACUGGGAGGGAGCCCCUGCAGAGGCAGGAAAUUGAAAGUGCUAAUUAGUGGUGUGCCAGGUGGAGCCAGCGGGGGCCGGCCUGUUAGAACAUGUGAGACGUGCUGUCCCCUGUGGCCCAUGCGUCCCCCAGGACUGGAGGAGAAAAGACAGAGAGGAGAGAGGAGCACUUGUUCAGUUCUCCCCCAGACCCAUGCUGUUCCUCUGAUCUUCUGGACUGCACAGAGGCUUCACCAACCCAAGGCCAGCUGAUUAUUAUAUAAGGCUGUUAUUUUGACCUGUAUUGCUACUUUCUCACACAGAGUUUAUAGAAAGCUACCUCUCACACCCAAAAUACAGAUUGGAUAUCUGACUGUGUGUGCGCGUUCAUGCAAGUAGAAAAAACAUGUUGACUCACCCUACUUGUAGAGAAACGCCAAUGCCAUCCUCUUUUUCAUGUUGACGAAAGUCUAUCACUCUGUCAUACAGUACACGCGUUAAUAUUUUGUUGUCCUAGGCUACCUGGUUAAAAUGCUUGCUCGCUAGCCUAACUUCCUUAAAUGGGCAACGUUAGCUAGUUAACAUUAGCCUUCUAUAUCUAGCUACAUAUUGAACUUACAUCCUCUCAGGCCAAGAGCAUGUAUGAAUGAAUUUAUGGUUGGAUCAGAAUCGGCGUUAUAAUCAUUGGCUAGUAUGGAGAAUUAAGUAAAACCACAAGUCCGAAUCCCUAUCUCCUUCCAUGGCUAAUUUAGGAAAGGGACAAUUUUAGCUAGCUAGCCACCGGAGGACAACAACACAACGAGAUGCACAGCGAGAUGCACAACAAGUUUAUGUCAAUGAUGUAUGCUGUCAAUGCGAUGUGAUUGGAGUGAAGCCAAAUCCAAACUGGCUUCCCUUGACACUUUUCUUUGGUGCGCCAGGACCAUUCACAGUUGAGCUCACUCAGUUUAGCUCAACGCUGAUUGGCUAUUAUUUUCUUUAUUUUUUUAUCAAGGGAGGCCAAAUGCUCACUGGCUUCCCUUGCAUUUCAAUGCUACGGAUGGCAACAAUGUCAUACUCUUUUGGACCAGACAGCAUCAGAUAGAUGGUCUGCACAUACAGAGACAGAAGGGCGCUGUUUCGCUCGAUCGGAUGCUUUCUCCAGUGAGAUACAUUCAGCCUCUUGCAAAUUGAAGGAAUAUAAUGAAACACAGAGAGACGAAAGCUAUAAAACAUAUUUUUCUUAUUUUCUUGGCCAAUGUUUUGGGGAAGCCUGGCUUCCCUUGGUAUCCUUGAAUACACGCCACUGCAUAUUAGUAGCAGCCAUCCAUGGAAGCAUUACCACUAGUAUCAUCACACUACAGAAUGUCCACUACAAACACUGGACAGAGAGGAUGAAUCUCAAUGGGAAGGAUAAUGAGUGAAACAGGAUGAUAACUUUGAUGAAAGCCUGCAGACAGUGUAGCUAUCUGGGACCCCAGUUGACUAGUCACACUGAUGUGAUGAAAGCCCAUCCAGUCUACAGACAUGUCCUCUUUCAUAUAAGAACCAGGAGCACUUGUUCAGUUCUCCCCUAGAACCCUGCUGUUCCUCUGAUCUUCUGGACUGCACAGAGGCUUCACCAACCCAAGGCCAGCUGAUUAUUAUAUAAGGCUGUUAUUUUGACCUGUAUUGCUACUGUCUCACACAGAGUUUGUAGAAUGCUACCUCUCACACCCAAAAUACAGAUUGGAUAUCUGACUAUGGUAAGCCUUUUACCGUUUUCACCACUGGCACUGAACUAUGACUGGUACUUGUUCUCCUUGCAGAAAUCUGAGGGGCCAGGCCUGGCGGGUGACACAGACCUCACCAUCCCCACGUCCAAAGAAGAGAAGCAGGAGUACCUGCGCUGGAAGAAGGAGCGUGAGCAGAUCGACCGGGAGCGCGUGGCGCGCCACAAAAAUGCUAGUGGCCAGUGGAGGCGGGCAUGGGACAUGGACAAACCAGAGAAUAUGUAAGCCCACUCCUCCCAUCCCAGGCUGCUUUGUGCUUCACUUUAGUUUGCAUUAUCAAUCAUUUCAGUUUGUGCAUGUUUGGCUGUUCCAUUUGCUUGAUGCAUGUUUAAGUGCACAUUUUUCAUUUGAUUUAUAAAUUCAUGUUACAAUUAAAAAUUAGUGUACUCUUCUGUAUGUGCUCGUCUUCUGGUCUUUUUGUUCUCACAACAACUUCAGCUUGCAGCUAACUACCACACAUGUCAUGUCUUACCAUGCAAUAUAGACCAUGCUCUUGUCAUUGUAACUAAACUAACACAUUCAUUCAUUCACUCAUCAAGCAGAUUACCUUCUCUGUUACCUCGUUGUUCAAUAGAGGAAGUAUCCCGGUCUCUCUAUUUUCUGUACUUCUAUACGUAACCAUGGUUGCAUUGACUGUUUUCUAAGGAAGCGCAGAAUGAUGUCUGUGGAGAAGACAGUGGUAAAAACAGGGAAAGCAAUACUGUGCUGUUUUUAUUUUCAUGGCUAUGGCCCUUUAUCAAGUGACUGGUAAUGAACUAAUAGGCUUGUUCCUUUUGUGACUCUCUAAGGUACUUUCAGUAUGUUGAAUUAGGCUGAUGGAAGAUUUCCAUUGUUGUAGAUAUUAACACAACCCACAUUUUGUGCCCAGGGGUCCGAACUCCAGGGGGGCCCCAACCAAAAAUAAUAAUAUUUUUUGUCUAUUUUUGGUUGGGGGCCUUCCCAGACAGCAUAUGAACAUGUCAUAAGGCAUGGCAAAAUGUUUAGAAUUGCAUGUUAAAACUGCUAUUUCCUCUCAGCCUCAUGGCAAAAUGUGUAGAAUAGCAGGAAAUCGGCUUUUAAACUGCAACAUUUUCUCUCAGCCUCAUGGCAACAUUUUUAGAAUACUGAAUAGCAUGAGAUUACUAUAAAAGUAAUCCUGGAGGUAGGUGCCCUGUGGCCCCAGAUGUGGUGGUCCGGCCCUGCCCAUGCCUUAUUCCAUGAUACUGAUUUCACACUGUCACAAGACUUAAUCCAAAGAAGUCACAAGACCUUAAUCAUAAUUCACAGCAAAUUGGAGACUGGCAAAUAACGCUAUUAGAGGGAGGAGGGAUGACCUGGCAAAAAUGUGUUUGUUCUCUGAGGUAACAUCUUUAUUGGAUCACCUCUGUUUGUGAGCCGUUCUUUGUUAGAUCUUGAAGGGGGAAAGAUGCUCUCUAAGAUAUUUAUCAUGUAGUACUCUAACUACCCUCUCCCUAGUACUCUAACCUCCAUCUCCCUUUGUUAGCUAUUUUAGACAUUGGGUGUUUCCACUAGAAGAAGUUGACCUGUGGUUUGUGAUAAGCUGACAGUCAACGUGAUGGAACCAGGGAGAAGUAGAGUUGACCUUACUGACUCAACUUUGGUACACAUCUUGAUAAAACUAGGCCAGUUUAGGCUUUAAACAUCAGAAUAUAUACACUACAUGACCAAAAGUAUGUGGACACCUGCUCGUCGAACAUCUAAUUCGAAAAUGAUGGGCAUUAAUAUGGAGUUGGUCCACCCUUUGCUGCUAUAACUGCCUCCACUCUUCUGGGAAGGCUUUCCACUAGAUGUUGGAACAUUGCUGCGGGGACUUGCUUUCAUUCAGCCACAAGAGCAUUAGUGAGGUUGGGCACUGGGCGAUUAGGCCUGGCUCGCAGUCGGUGUUCCAAUUCAUCCCAAAGGUGUUUGAUGGGGUUGAGGUCAGGGCUCUGUGCAGGCCAGUCAAGUUCUUCCACACCGAUCUCUACAAACCAUUUCUGUAUGCACCUCGCUUUGUGUACGGGGGUAUUGUCAUGCUGAAACAGGAAAGGGCCUUCCACAAACUGUUGCCACAAAGUUGGAAACACAGAAUCAUCUAGAAUGUCAUUGUAUGCUGUAGCGUUAAGAUUUCCCUUCACUGGAACUAAGGGGCAUUGCCCGAACCAUUAUUCAUUUCCCACCAAACAUUACAGUUGGCACUAUGCAUUCGGGCAGGUAGCGUUCUCCUGGCAUCCGCCAAACCCAGAUUUGUCUGUCGGACUGCCAGAUGAUGAAUUGUGAUUCAUCACUCUAGAGAAUGCGUUUCCACUGCUCCAGAGUCCAAUGGUGGCGAGCUUUACACCACUCCAGCCGAUGCUUGGCAUUGCGCAUGGUGAUCUUAGGCUUGUGUGCGGCUGCUUGGCCAUGGAAACCCAUUUCAUGAAGCCCCCAACGAACAGUUCUUGUGCUGACGUUGCUUCCAGUGGCAGUUAGGAACACGGUGGUGAUUGUUACAACCGAGGACAGACGAUUUUUACGCGCUUCAGCAGUCGGCGGUCCCGUUCUGUGCGCUUGUGUUGUUUACCACUUCGCGGCUGAGCCGUUGUUGUUCCUAGACGUUUCCACUUCACAAUAACAGCACUUACAGUUGACCAGGGCAGCUCUAGCAGGGCAGAAAUUUGACGAACUGACUUGUUGGAAAGGUGGCAUUCUAUGUCGGUGCCACAUUGAAAGUCACUGAGCUCUUCAGUAAGGCCAUUCUACUGCCAAUGUUUGUCUAUGGAGAUUGCAUGGCGGUGUGCUCGAUUUUAUACACCUGUCAGCAACGUGUGUGGCUAAAAUAGCCGAAUCCACUAAUUUGAAGGGGUGUCCACAUACUUUUGUAUAUAUAGAGUAUAACCUACAUUAUUUGAUUUUGGAACCCACUAUUUUACUAUGUAUGGAGGCACAAACCCUACAUACAGUGCCAUCCUUACUACCAGGAAAAUAAAAAUUAACACCCCCUUAUUUUUCUGUUGUUUGUUAGGUUUCAAACACAGCUGAUGUGUUGUGAGUGGCCCAGUGGCUGGAUAAAUAAAUGUACUGUUUAGAAGAAAGAAGCAUCAAACUUUAAAGAGAGGAGAGAACAGGAGACUAUUUUUAGCUGGGGUUGGGAUGCCUUUCCUUUUUUGGCAUGGUUAAAAAAAGGCCCCAGAGACUAAAUAGAGUAAGAAAAUUAUUUUUUGAUUCAGCAGCUUAGAUGUUCUCAAUGAAUGAAGAGUUUAGGAACAUGACUUCAAGAUACCCCACUCAUCUUUGUACAAUGUGUCAUUCUAGCUCUGAGCUCAGAACAUAAUGAUUACAGGGAAAUGAAAAUGGCUGUUGAAUGAAAGUAAUGGAAUGUAAAUUGUUAGGUUAGUGGAACAAUACAGAUAUUUGAGAAUGUCCAACCAAAUGCAUGGGACCCUUCAUUAACCCUGGCAUGAAAGAGUUUGCCUGUUUACUUUUUAACACCAAAACCAUGGCUUCAUUAUCUGGUAGUUCAUCUGUUGAUGGAACAUCCUGGCUGUGUAUUUGAUUUGAGUUCUUUCACUGUAAACAAAAUCUCUCUAUUUAGGUUUUCAGAUAAAUCUCCUGAGGAGAGAGUACAGGGGCCUCCAGCCAGAGGUGAGAAAUUCACACUGUAAUAAAUUGGAAACAUUCUUGUCAACUCAAACACUGAGGAAUAGUCAGACCAUAAUCAAGUGAUGUCUUAUUCCCAGUGAUACCCAAUAAUUGUUGAACUUGUUUCAUUUCAAGGAGGAAGAAAUGCAAGGAGAGGUUACCCCAAAUCAAAUGCUGAGUCACGGGGUGAGUUUGAAUGCUGCAUACUGUGCACCAGCAGCUGAAUCAGUUCAACGUUUUAAGUACAAGCUACCAAUCAGCUAAUGAUAGAGGAGUUAUUCUGAUGUUUCUCUUGGUUUUGCUUGUUGUUAUCGACAGGUCAGCAACCACGGGGCAGAGACAAGGGGGUUAAAAACGUGCCAGUGGUCAGCAGUAAAGCCAAGGGCAAGGAUCGGCUGACUGGGAGGGCCAGGAGGUGAGUAGCAGCAUAUUAAAUUGUAGUAGCAGCCCGUGUUGAGAGAAGGAAACCACACACCUAGCCUGGCUGUAUGCAAAAUACAUUGGGACUUACUCUAAAGAGCACAACAUUUGUCAAAUGACUCACUUUUUCACACUGCUGUUUUAUUUUAAAAAGCCAACUGUUCCAGUGUUUUAUACUGUAGCCAUUGGUGAGGCUGGAAUGCUUCUAGGGUCUGUUAGCGGUGCUUGAGAGGCAGGUGUUGGUGGCUGUGCGGUUCUCUAUGAGAUUGAGCUAGCCAGGGGAAAGAGCAGUCAGGUCUGUCCAGCCAGUGGUCCCUGGCCUCAGUUGCCUGUUAUUAGGCUUUGCUGCUGGUGCUAAUGGGAAAAGAGCAGAGCGUGAAGAGAACUGUUGAGACCAGCCUAGAGCAUCUCUCAGGAUGUGCAGAGAGAAUGAUUAAACACACAAGAGGACCUACUAUCAUCCUUCUCUAUUUCCUUCUUGUCUCACUCACACUCUAUAUAUAUUUCUCUAUCUGUGAUCCCACACAGAACAGAUGUCAGAACCUAAGAAAUAGUGUUUUUUCUGUGUAUUUUUUUAAGCGCAAAAGCACUCUCUUUGUUAUCAGGAUACUGAAGAACAUAGACCACUCAUUCUGAAUGCUUCUAAUCAUAAACCUUUUAAUAUUUCAGAUGGGAUGCCAGCGAGGAGGGGGAGGAUUUGCAGGUGGGGUUUAAACUGAAUGCUUUGCUUUGAUAAUGUACACUGAACAAAAAUAUAAACUAAACAUGUAAAGUGUUGGUCCCAUGUUUCAUGAGCGGAAAAAAAAAAUCCCAGACAUUUUCCAUACGCACAAAAAGCUUAUUUCUCUCAAAUUCUAUGCACAAAUUUGUUUACAUCCUUGUUGGUGAGCAUUUCUCCUUUGCCAAGAUAAUCCCUCCACCUGACAGGUGUAGCAUAUCAAGAAGCUGAUUAAACAGCAUGAUCAUUACACAGGUGCACCUUGUGCUGGGGACAAUAAAAGGCCACUUUAAAAAUUGCAGUUUUGUCACACAAUGCAAUGCCACAGAUGCCUCAAGUUUUUAGGGAUCAUGCAAUUGGCAUGCUGACUGCAGGCAUGUCCACCAGAGCUGUUGCCAGAGAAUUGAAUGUUCAUUUCUCUACCAUAAACUGCCUCCAACGUUGUUUUAGAGAAUUUGGCAGUUCGUCCAACCGUGCUGAGGAGUAUUUCUGUCUGUAAUAAAGCCAUUUUGUGGGGAAAAACUCAUUCUGAUUGGCUGGGCCUGGCUCCCAAGCUGGUGGGCCUAUGCCCUCCCAGGCCCACCCAUGGCUGCGCCCCUGCCCAGUCAUGUGUGAUCCAUAGAUUAGGGCCUAAUGAAUUUAUUUCAAUUCACUGAUUUCCUUAUAUGAGCUGUAACUCAGUAAAACCUUUUAAAUUGUUGUAUGUUGCGUUUAUAUUUUUGUUCAGUAUAGCUCUGUGCUUUGAUGAAACAUGAAUGUGCAUGGGCUCAACAAAGACAUAUAUUUAUCAUAUUACCAAUGGAAUUUGUUUUUGCUCCUUUAGGCCUCCGAGACAAGUUUGGAGGAAUUCUUAGAAGAGCUUGAUGCUUUGGGUGGCCCUGAUAUAGACGACUCCACUGCAGAAACUCCAGAGGUCAAAGAUGUUGACCUCACAAUGGAGUCUUUGCUGACCCUGGAUGUGGUGAAGACCGAGGAGGUGAGUGGACCCGUCAGUCCUGCUCUGGACCAGGCCGAGUGGGCUCAAGCCCCAGCCGACACCCCAGAGGAGGGUACACCCAGACAGGGGAAGGCUGAGGAAUCGUCCCCUCGAGCUGCAGAGAAGAAGGUCCGCUUCUCAGUGGAGCUCAUCAAGGGUCCCGGGGCCUACGAGAAGCCCAGUACUGGAGCCCAGAACUCUUCCCGCUCAGAAACCAAGGGCGCCAGCACUUUAAAAGUGUCCUCCCCUGGCAAAAACAGCCAUGAGGUGGAGGAGCCGAAGCAGGCCCCCGAGAGCCCUCAGGAGGAUGCUGGUAAUGCCCUGGACCAGGGUAAUAAACCUGCUGAAGCUGUCCAGGCACAAAGCUUAUCUGAUGGGCAGAUACAGGGGCAGGAGGGCUCUGAGCUGCCUGAUUCCUCCAAAACAGAGUGUGCUGAAAGCGGCCAUGACAGUGUGCCCACCCCUGUUUUUCCCACUUCACACAGCAAUGUCAAAGACGCUGCCCCUCCACAGGAGAAUGCUGUCCAGCCUUUAGAACACGCCAAGAGCAAUAGCAACAGAAAUACAGGUAGGCAAUGGUUUUGUUCAUGGAUGCUCCAUGUCAAAUAGGUACAGUGAAUAGCUAUCACUAUGAUGUAACAUUAAAAAAAUGGGUUCCCUUCACAGAGGAACUGAUUGACUCUAGUCUGUCUGUUCUGAGGCUGGAGUCAGGAGAGACUCACCCAACCUACACCACCAGCACUGACAAGGUCAGUAUGGACUGA